CUUAAUUCUUAUAACUUGUUAAAUGAAUCAAAUGCAUCUAAUAUAUUAGAGAAUCUAAACAACCCAGAUAUUGAAUUAAACUCAAGCUUACCUAAACAAUCUACAUCACAAAAUAAUGGCAUUAUUGUUAUUACUAAUAGUUUAGUUGAAGAAAAAGUAGCUCUUUAUGAUAAUCUUUCUCAAAUUCCUAAAUAUUAUAUUAAAGAUGAAGAAUAUAGUAAG